AUGAAGAGGAAGCAGUUAAAGAUUAUUCGAUAUCGUAGAUACAAACUUCAACAAGACGAACAUAAUUAUUUUCGAGAACAAGUAUUAUUGUUUUAUCCUUGGAGGAAUGAAGAGGAUGAAAUAGAAAAUUCUGAUUGUCGAAGCUUGUAUCAUAAGAACAUCGAAAUAAUUGAAAAGAAUCGAAAGAAAUACUCUAUUAUCGGUGAUGAGGUAAUCGAUGAGGCUCUAGAACAAGCGAUGGAAGACAAUAAAAACAGACAUCGCGAAGAAGAUAUCGACUUUAAUAAACAUAGAGUUCCCAAAGAGCAAGAAGCUGAUAUCUUCAAUCAAUCAGGAGUAGAAAAUAUUGCAAAGAGAAUGAAAACACGUUUUACGAAACCACCAACAAUAACAAAGGAAGAAAUGUUUCUCUUGUUGGAUACACUGAAUACUUUACAACGACAAAUCGUUAUCCAUAUCCUGAAAUGUUUCAAAACUGAUGACCUACCCUUAAGACUAUUUAUCAGUGGGUCAGCAGGAGUAGGAAAAACUAGAGUCAUUAAUUGUAUCUAUCAGUUACUGUCUCAGUAUUUCGGUGAAAUUCCGGGAGAGAAGAAUGACUUACCAUUGAUUUUAUUAUGUGCGCCAAGUGGAAAAGCUGCUCAUCUGAUUGGGGGCGUCACAUUGCAUACUGCUUUCGCAUUACCGAUCACAGAAUAUGGGGGACAGAUGCCAGAAUUAUCGGCGGAUGUAGCAAAUACAAUUCGAUCAAACUUAGUAGACUUACAACUUUUAAUCAUCGAUGAAAUUUCUAUGGUUGGAGCGAACAUGCUAACGCGAGUAGAUACCCGAUUGAGGCAAAUUAUGGGUAAAAAUGUCUCAUUUGGAGGAAUCUCUGUCAUUCUCAUAGGCGAUUUGCAUCAGUUGCCACCGGUAAAAGACAAACCCAUAUAUUCUCCGCCUAAUUCUGGACCUCUAUCCGCUCUCUCAGAUAUACUGUUGUGGGAAGAAUUCAAAUUCUUUGAAUUAACAGAAGUGAUGAGGCAAAAAGAUGACAAAAUAUUCGUUGACGCUCUGAAUAAUUUAGCUCGUGGAAAGAUGACCGAUGAGGACGUAUCUCUCAUUCGAAAUAGAGAAGUAUCAGAAGGAGAAGUGCCCAAAGAUGCUAUCCGAUUAUAUUAUGAAAAUCAGCAUGUUGAUCGUUAUAAUAACUCAAAAAUCAAUAGCCAUCCAGGGCAAUGUUAUCAAGCUAUUGCUGACGAUCAGUUUUUGGGUAGUGCAUCAGAUAAAUACAAAAGAAAAAUGCUCAAUUCAGUCAAAACAAAUCACAGUCAGAAGAAAGAGCUGAGAAUGUUACAGUACAAAAUCAAACUCAAGUAUGGAAUAAAGUACAUGAUAACAUCUAAUGUAAAUAUUUUGGAUGGUCUCGUAAAUGGUUCGUGUGGAGUAUUAGAACAUAUAACGUUUUCUUCAGGCUCAGAAGUUCCGGAAAAGGUAUGGAUCAAUUUCAAUAAUCCAAAUAUUGGUUUAAACCAACAAAAACCGUUCUUACGUUAUAUGAUGGAACAUAAUAUCGAUGAGAGUUUGAUACCCAUUUCUAGAAUGAGUCUGCAGAUUUCUGGAAGUAGAGACAAUCACUAUCAAGUUAUGAGAGCACAAUUUCCAAUCGUUCCAGCAGAGGCUAUGACUAUCCAUAAAAGUCAAGGACAGACAUACAGCAACGUUUGUAUAGACUUGACGUUUGGUAGCCGGUUAACUAGAGCGUUGCUGUAUGUAGCCCUUAGCAGAGUGUGCAGUUUGAGUAAUCUUUAUAUUUUAGGGAUCUUCAAACCACCGAAAGCUCCGGAUGUCAAUGAUCCCAUUAUCUGCGAAUACAAAAAACUAGAUGAAAGACGAUUGAAACUAUCUUACACAAACUUAAUCGACACGAAUGAUAUAAAAAUUAUUUAUCAGAAUGUGCGAUCAUUCAAUAAAAAUGUCGAGCACAUUCAAAGUGACGUUUG